AUGGGAAGAAGAACUGAAGCAGAUUCAAACCGACAAAAGACUUUCUAAACUUCGAAGAAGACUUACAGAUGAAACCCACACUAGGCAUGGAGGAGGCAAAGACCAGCAAUAGCUAUCCAGUGACCAUCACACAACCAGAGGAUGUGCAGAAAGGCAAAUCGAAGUUCAUACGAAAUGUUGCGAUUGCCUUCAUCGGAUUUGUGUUGGUGGCAGUCGUCAUUGUGGUGUCCGUGUACUUUGGCAUCAGAUCGACUAAGGAUACGUACCAGGAGGCGUGGCACACUUUCCGAGACCAAGAAGGUCGGUACAUGGAGGAGAAAGUGAACAAGACCAAGGACAUGACUGAGAUACACGUUCCCAACAGCGUCCAUAUCAUCUAUGACUACACUAACGGAAUUUCAGUUGAGCGUUUUACUGACGUCCAGACAAAGAUACGGGGACCGUGCUAUGUCAAAUUCCUCAAUAGCAGCAAGACUAACAUCUCCCCCGACACUGACCAGACAACAGAUGAUUCUGGCCCCUAUGAAAACAAGGUGGAUUCGCAACACUGGAGGUUUACAGACCGGAAAGUGCCAUCCUAUCUGACGUCAGCACCACGUGUCCAGGAAAUGUGCAAGGGCACUGACAUCUUCUGGAUGGAGAAAAUGCCAGAGUCGUCAAUACAGAAGAGGCAGACAGACGGUUAUGAAUGUAGUUUGAUCAUCUGGAGGACUUUUAUCUACCUUUGGGAAAACUACCUGUAUAAGGAAUGGAUAUGCCGCUAUCCCAGCGGGAUAUAUGCAUUCAACUACUGGGAGCUAUGGAAAGUAUAAGCCUAAGAAAUGACAGAGACGUCAAUACAGAAGAAGCAGGCAGACGGUUAUCAACGUAGUUUGAUCAUCUGGAGGACUUUUACCUACCUUUGGGUUACCUACCUGUAUAAGGAAUGGAUUUGCCGCUAUCCCAGCGGGAUAUAUGCAUUCAACUACUGAGAGAUAUGAAGAGUAUAAGCCUAAGGUAUAUGCAGUCACAUUGUUAAGAUUUCAGCCAGGUCAGUGAUGCAACAGAUGACAAAAGGUCAAGUUGAACGUGCAAUUAAUAGACCUGGGAAAGACGUUUCUAUGUGCACUGCCACUCAGUUCGACGAACACCAUUUAAAAUGUAUAUAAUAUGCCCAAUACUUUUCUUUCUAUAUGCAUUUAGCUGUAUUGUUUAAAUUGUCUUUUUUAUUUUUAGCCUCAUCUUGAAGUAAACUUAAACAAUAAAUCUUUAAUAAAAUUGCAUGUGAAUAGCGGAUCAUGUUUACAUAUGUACCUUUAUUUGUGUAUUUGUAUUUCUACCGAGAUGUACAUACUAAUUAUUAUGUAUCCAUAUAUCUUUUUUAAAUAAACCUGUAGCUAUAA